AUGGCGACCGAGGCACCGUCUACUCUAGACUCGCCAUUGAGUGCGCUUGUUCGUCUUGAACUUCUAAAUGAAGAAUUUAAAAGUUCAAGUAAAGAGGCAGCUCUGUACCUCCGAGACUUGGCCCGAACUUCUGUGGAUGCUAUAGAGCAACAACCUGCUCAACAACAGACCUCGGCAUUAUCGCUCCAGCAUCAAUUGUCAGAACUAUGUACACGGAACACACCAACUUUUGUCCUUUCACAAUCUGCAUUCAAUCAAAUUCCCCUUUUAACAGCAAAUUGUGAUGAAAAGAUAUCGAAUUUAUCGAAUAACCUGUUAUAUCGCGUUCAGGAAGCAACCAAGCAGUUUGAACACAGCGCUGAUGUGGCGUUGGCCUCAAGGAAAGCUAUAUUUUCCGUAAAGAAUGUGAUGCAGACUUCUGUGCAUCAACUUUUUCGAAUGCCCCAGCUCGUGAACAUCCAAGUGUCAAAAGCCAACUACGAAGAGGCGUUGCAGUUAGCGCGUCAUUUUUUCCUAAUUUUACCAGCGGAAGGUCCUAACACUGAAAAUAUAACGAAAGCUUUAUUAGAUGAUAUGUAUUCUGCAUUAUACCGUGCUCAAACUCUUUUACUUCAAGCUCUUCGAGAUCCGUAUGCGAAGCAGCCGCAAGCACGAGCUUGGGCUUCUUAUCUCUUCCGUGUUAUCAGCCUUGCUCAUGAACAUUAUCGCGAUACAGAACUAGACCUGAGGAAAGCUGAUAUUUGCUUCCAUUUCUUGCAUUCCCGUUUCAUGCGUAUUCAUGGUUGCUUUAAAUCACGAUCAGAUUUACUCAAUAUUGUUGAUACCUGGAAGGACGUGGUGCUAAAUACUUGCUCUAUGGCACUUUCUAUUUUCGUGGACAAUCAAAUUGCUAAAAUUUGCACUGUCGAUACUAGCUCUGAGCAGCUGAUUUCAAUGUUUUGUUCGCAUGCUGUCGAGUGCCUGUAUGCUUUCCUUUCUCGGACUUUGCUCCACCAAACCCAUACUCCAUCAGGGAGCAUACAAAGCUGGGAGGCCAUGUCCCAACGCCUUGAAAACCUUUACUCAAAACUAUGUUUUGUUUCUGAAAGUCUUGCAAGUGUUGGCGUCUAUAUGGAUGUGUCGCUUAUUCCUUAUUCUCAUGCUGCAGAGUCACAACUUAGUGCAUUCGAUCAUGCCGCUCUUUCGCUAUGGACCGCUUCCCUGCGCUCCAUUCAUCUGGAAGAGGUGCGUGUAACUCCACCUGAGACAGACACGGAAUGUUCUUUACCUCGAGCACUUGCUGAGCAUCCUGUAUGCGUAGGGAUCGGCCGGCAAGUCGUAAUGGCUUUAAACGUGCUCCGACACUUUGCGCCACUCCAUAUACAGCGACCUGCUGUGGAUGCUAUGGGUAAAAAAUUUGCUCAGAUCCUGUCCAACUUAUCACCAGACGCACACCCAUGCUUCAUGAACAUUCUUGUGCCAUGGGCAUCUUCCGCACUUACUCAAGGCGUAUUUGACAUGCCUGAACAGAGCUAUUCAUUACAUGAUUGUGACAUAUGGCGCCAAGCCUGUAAGAAUGCUACGCAUACUGCUCCAAGUCCAGCGUUACGAUAG